AUGACCGAGGUGAAAGCCAAGGAGCCCAGAGCGCCUCCGCCUGCCACAGACGGGGCGGUCCUGCUGCAGGGUCAGCCCGGCCGAGAUCCCUUCCGCGAGGAAGAAGAGUCAAUCGACAUCUCCCUGGACGGGCUGCUUUACCCCAAGAGCAGCGACGAGGAGGAGGACGAAGAGGAGGAGGAGGAAGGGGAGGAGGAGGAGGAAGAGCCGCAGCAGCAGCAUCUGGGGCGGGAGGACGGCCGGGACUCUCUCUGCUACCAGCCAGGAAGCGGCUCCCUCUCGGUCAAGGACUGCCUGGACACCGUCCUGGACACCUUCCUGGCGCCCGCGGCUCAUGCCAGCUCCACCGUGGCCGCGGCGCCCUGGUCUUUUUUCGAGGCGGAGGAGGCGCCCGACGGCCCGAUGAGCAGCGGCCCGUCGCAGAAGGCGGCCGAAGCCGCCCCGGGGGAUCCGAGCCCCUCGCAGCCCCCGCCGCGGCCCGCAGCGCUCUGGCCGCCCGGCGACGCCCUGGUCCCCGCCGCUAAACCGCGGCCGGCGGGGCCGGGGACCGGCGCGGAGGGUCCCGGCGCGGCGCCCAAGGGCGAUGCCCCCGGCGUCGGGGCGCUGCCUGGCGGGUCCCGGGCAGGGGACCCGGGGCAGGAAUACCUGCACGUGCCGCUGCUGCCGCUCAACUCGGCCUUCCUGGCCUCGCGCACGCGGCAGCUGCUGGACGGGGCGGAGUACGAGGGCGGCGCGGCGCCGCGCUGCUCGCCCCCCGCCCCGGACCUGCCGCCCUACGGCUUCCCGCCGCCCGACGCCAAGGACGGGCCCUUCGCCUACGGCGACAUCCAGCCCGUCAUGAAGAUCAAGGAGGAGGGUCUCGGCCUCGCCGCCCGCUACCCGGGCGGCAGGGCCACCCCUGCGGCGGGCUGCCACGACUACCCGCAGGCUCCGCGGGCCGGGCAGGAGCCCUCGCUGGAGUGCGUCCUCUACAAGGCGGAGCCCACCCUGCUGGCCGGCGCCUACGGGCCGGCGGCGCCGCCCGACAGCCUGCCCUCCACCUCGGCCGCGCCGCCGGGGCUCUACCCGGCCCUGGCGCUGAACGGGCACCAGCCGCUGGGCUUCCCGGCCGCCGUGCUCAAGGAGGGCCUGCCCCAGCUCUGCCCGCCCUACCUCGGCUACGCGCGGCCAGAUACGGAAACCAGCCAAAGUUCUCAGUUCAGUUUUGAAUCACUACCCCAGAAGAUUUGUCUCAUCUGCGGUGAUGAGGCUUCAGGUUGCCACUAUGGAGUACUUACCUGUGGAAGUUGUAAAGUCUUCUUUAAAAGGGCAAUGGAAGGGCAGCACAACUAUUUAUGUGCUGGAAGAAAUGACUGCAUAGUCGAUAAAAUCCGUAGGAAGAACUGCCCAGCAUGUCGCUUGAGGAAGUGCUGUCAAGCUGGUAUGGUCCUGGGAGGUCGAAAAUUGAAAAAGUUUAACAAAAUCAAGGUUGUGAGAACGUUAGAUGUUGCACUCCAGCAGCCAGCAGCACUUCAAGAUGAAAGCCAGUCUCUAACCCAAAGGCUGUCCUUUUCUCCAAAUCAAGAAAUACAGUUUGUUCCCCCAAUGAUAAGUGUUCUACGAGGCAUUGAGCCAGAAGUUGUCUAUGCUGGUUAUGACAAUACAAAACCUGAAACACCAAGUUCCUUGCUGACCAGUCUGAAUCAUCUUUGUGAGAGGCAACUUCUUUGUGUAGUCAAGUGGUCUAAAUUACUGCCAGGUUUUCGGAAUUUGCAUAUCGACGAUCAGAUAACCCUCAUCCAGUAUUCCUGGAUGAGUCUAAUGGUUUUUGCCAUGGGGUGGAGAUCAUACAAACACGUCAGUGGUCAGAUGUUGUAUUUUGCACCAGAUCUGAUUCUAAAUGAACAGAGGAUGAAAGAAUCAUCGUUCUAUUCCCUGUGUCUAUCCAUGUGGCAACUCCCACAGGAAUUUGUCAGACUUCAAGUUAGCCAAGAAGAAUUCCUGUGUAUGAAAGCACUGUUACUUCUCAACACAAUUCCUUUGGAAGGUCUAAGAAGUCAAAGUCAAUUUGAUGAGAUGAGAACAAGUUACAUCAGAGAACUGGUGAAGGCAAUUGGUUUGCGCCAGAAAGGUGUUGUGGCCAACUCACAGCGUUUCUAUCAGCUUACAAAACUGAUGGAUUCCAUGCAUGAUCUGGUGAAACAGCUCCAUCUCUUCUGUUUGAACACAUUUCUCCAGUCCCGUGCACUGAGCGUUGAAUUCCCUGAGAUGAUGUCAGAGGUGAUUGCUGCACAGCUACCCAAGAUUCUAGCAGGGAUGGUGAAACCUCUUCUCUUUCACAAGAAGUGAAAUGUCUUUUCUCUUAUCAUAGAGAUGAUAUUUGGGUCAUUUUUUGUUUGAUUAUUUUGGUCAAGAUUUUGCCAUGUCAGGACUUCAGCAUAUUUGACAUACUUACCCUGCCAACUGCUUUAUACCUGUAACAUACACAAGCCAUUCAAGCUUGAUGUACAUAUUGUGAGUUCCUGAUUCCUUAACUGCAAAAAUCACAAGAGUCAUUAAGAAAUGUUUUAUAAACUUGUCUAAACUGCUUUUUAGAUAUGCAUAUGAAUGACAGUGAAUAGACUUUCCAGAUUUCUAACAACAGUUAAACAUUUUUCUUACACAUUGCACACUCUUGAAUUUCUGGUAUGACAUGGUGCAAAAUUUUUACUUUAGUACAUUGUGUGCAUGGGUACAUGUGAGCAUGUGCAUAAUGUAAGAUUUUGGAGGAAUUAAAAUAAAUAUUGCCCACAUUUUCUUAUGCAUAUUUUACUUUUUAUUACUGCAAUGCCAUCAGAAAUAACUAAUGUGCUAGGCACACAGUAUACAUUCAUAGUCUCAUCUGUGGUCAUGUUGCAUUGAAACUCUUAAAUCCAGCAUACUGUUUUCUGCAUAAUUCAGUGGGGCUCUUUUUCAAAACUCAGAAAGUUUAGGAGAAUUUCAGUGUGUAUUACACCAGAAGUAAUGUGUAUUCAAACCCACUAAGCUUUGGUUUGUGUUAUUUUACCUUAAAAGUUCAGCACUUACUAAAGCUAAAUCACUUAGCUGUAAUCCUAAAUUCAUCAAAUCUUACAUUCUGUAUUUCAGAAGCUUUAAAUAGAGAUGUUUUCACU